AUGCAAUUUUUACAUAUUUUAAUAGUCACGAUAGCAUGUAAAGAGCUUUAAAUUAAGUAACAAUAAUUCUUAACUAAUGCUGGAUAUCAUGAUGGGAAUAAUUCAGUUUCAUUGUUGUUUCUUUUUGUUUUGGGAUUUUUUCUAAUAAUUUUUUCAGCAGCAUUAUUAUGGUACAAUGAAAGAAGAGAGGCAAUAACAGAAUAUAGAUUAGUGAAUAUGAAAAAAAUAUGUAAAAUUGGAGAUUGUCAUGAAGUCAAUCAAUUAUUGAAUGGUGAACUUGUCCAUAUAUAAGGUAAAAAUAUAGUAAUUAGUAAUAGGAUAAACAACUACAGAUUAAAUUCUAGUAGAUAAUGAAUUUGAAAUAUCUUUAAGUGGUUGUAUAAAAUUAAAACGAUAUGUUGAAUAACUUCAAUUUGUAAGAAUAGAACAUAAACAUAAAAAAAGUGAAACAACAUACACAUAUGAUUUAAGAUGGAAAGCUGAUUAAGUUUGUAGUGCUGAAUAUCCUCCUGAAUACUAAAAUAAACCAUAUCUUUGGUUAGUAAAAUCAUAAGAUAAAUUAAAUCCAGAUGUAAAAUUAGGAGCAUUUACUUUAUCUGAAUCAUUAAAGCAAGGUUGUAAUAAUUUUUAAUAUUUGCUUCCAGAUGAUGCUUAAUUGUAAGCAGCUACAAAAUUAUUUGGAAAAAAAUUUCGUCAUAUGUACUUUAAAAUAAUUAUAUUAUAGAAAUAUCAAUUAAAAAGAUCUUUAUUUAUAAUAACAUGCAUUUUAAAAAACAGUUGGAGAUCUUAGAGUUUCUUUUGAAAAUGUUUUAUGUGGUAAUACAACAGUAGUUUCAAAAUAAAUAAAUAAUACAUUUAUUCCUUAUGUUAUAAAAGAUAAAUGGUUAUCUGAAAAGAGUCUUCAUCCAGAUGAAAUGGAUGAAGAUGAAGGAUGUUGUGAUUUUUGUUAAAAAGUUGCUAAAUUAGCUAAAGCAGCUAAAGAACCAUUAAAAAAAAUUGAUUGGAUUAGAGAAAAAGNCAAUGCAAAAAAGAAAUCACGGAAAUACAUAUUUCAAAAUUAUUUUUGUUAUUUUUCUAAGUAUUAUUCAUAUAAAUCUAUUAUCUCUUCAUUUUUUAUAUAAAUUCCAACUUCUCUUUUUAUAUAAAUUAAAUAAAUCUUUGCAUUAGGAAACACAUUAGUACUUUAGCUUUUAGAAAAUAAAAAUGAGUUUCUAUGUUAAUUUGAAAAUAAGUAGUAUAUUUGUUCAUACAUUAAUAUCAUAUAUUUUAUGCAAUUUUUACAUAUUUUAAUAGUCACGAUAGCAUGUAAAGAGCUUUAAAUUAAGUAACAAUAAUUCUUAACUAAUGCUGGAUAUCAUGAUGGGAAUAAUUCAGUUUCAUUGUUGUUUCUUUUUGUUUUGGGAUUUUUUCUAAUAAUUUUUUCAGCAGCAUUAUUAUGGUACAAUGAAAGAAGAGAGGCAAUAACAGAAUAUAGAUUAGUGAAUAUGAAAAAAAUAUGUAAAAUUGGAGAUUGUCAUGAAGUCAAUCAAUUAUUGAAUGGUGAACUUGUCCAUAUAUAAGGUAAAAAUAUAGUAAUUAGUAAUAGGAUAAACAACUACAGAUUAAAUUCUAGUAGAUAAUGAAUUUGAAAUAUCUUUAAGUGGUUGUAUAAAAUUAAAACGAUAUGUUGAAUAACUUCAAUUUGUAAGAAUAGAACAUAAACAUAAAAAAAGUGAAACAACAUACACAUAUGAUUUAAGAUGGAAAGCUGAUUAAGUUUGUAGUGCUGAAUAUCCUCCUGAAUACUAAAAUAAACCAUAUCUUUGGUUAGUAAAAUCAUAAGAUAAAUUAAAUCCAGAUGUAAAAUUAGGAGCAUUUACUUUAUCUGAAUCAUUAAAGCAAGGUUGUAAUAAUUUUUAAUAUUUGCUUCCAGAUGAUGCUUAAUUGUAAGCAGCUACAAAAUUAUUUGGAAAAAAAUUUCGUCAUAUGUACUUUAAAAUAAUUAUAUUAUAGAAAUAUCAAUUAAAAAGAUCUUUAUUUAUAAUAACAUGCAUUUUAAAAAACAGUUGGAGAUCUUAGAGUUUCUUUUGAAAAUGUUUUAUGUGGUAAUACAACAGUAGUUUCAAAAUAAAUAAAUAAUACAUUUAUUCCUUAUGUUAUAAAAGAUAAAUGGUUAUCUGAAAAGAGUCUUCAUCCAGAUGAAAUGGAUGAAGAUGAAGGAUGUUGUGAUUUUUGUUAAAAAGUUGCUAAAUUAGCUAAAGCAGCUAAAGAACCAUUAAAAAAAAUUGAUUGGAUUAGAGAAAAAGUAUGGUCCAAAAACAAAGUAUUUUAAAUGGAAUUAAGUAAAAAUGCAGCUUUGACUUAUAAAAUAAGGUUCUUAGGCUAUAUUUUAAUGGUAUUUACUUAUUUAUUAUUAUAAGGUUAUUGGGUUACUAUUUUUAUUUUACCCAAUUAUUUGGCUUUUUUCAUUAUUGCCUUUGAUUGGAUAAUUUACGGCUGCAUUUUUGUUUGUUAUUUUUUUGGGAGUGAGUAUGAUAAUCUCAUUACCUGUUUGUUUACUUAUUGCUUUGGUUGCUUGGGUGAGAUACCAUAUAUUUUACGCGAUAAUAAAUUUUUUUGGUCUAGCCAUAGUAUUAUUCACAGUUUCUUUAUUUGCAGGAGGAAUCUAUUAUUGAUAAAAAUAACAUGAAUCAAUAAUUAUGAUUGAG